GCAAGAAGAAGAUCGAAAGCGUAAAAUCCAUCAAGUUCCGGUGGAAAGAAGUUGGUUCUGGAGUCUUGGACUCCCUGGCGUGAUCAGCCCGAUAGGACCGUUUUCAUCUUGGCGUCGGGGGUUCCCCAGGGUGCUGGGCGGUAAGGGUGUUCACUGUGGGCACAGUUGCCUUUCCGAUCUCUCUGAAAGACCGGAACGGAUGAUGGCUCACCUUCUCUCUGCAAUGACCUUCUGGAGUGCUUCCUUCCGAAGAGGUUGAAGCGCGCCUGUACAUGACCUGCGCGGUUGGGUUUCAAUGGAGCUGUAGUUUCAAAUGGGGGAGCUGUAUCCCUUCUGAGACGAUCAGAAACAGACGUGGGUUUCGCCCGAGGGCGCUUGAAUCAAGCGCUGUAUUGGUGCUCUUCGAUACUCGUUGCAGUUGUGCGAGAAUCUUGCGGGAACCGGUUGCUGUUGGCUGGGAGCGUUGGGGACCAAUGGAAGAAGAGAAGGACGCCUUCUAUGUGGUUAGGAAGGGAGACACUGUGGGGGUAUACAAGUCCUUGAAGGAUUGCCAAGGCCAAUUGUGGGACCCAACUUUUAGCGUGUAUAAAGGUCAUUACUUGUCUAAGCAAGCUGAAGAAUAUCUGGCUCUUUGCGGGCUGAAGAAUGCUGCCUACUCAAUCUGUUCAAUGGACCUGAAGGAGGAUGUUUUUGGACCUCUUGUUCCAUGUUCUCAUCAGGAACCAGAUGGCGUUUUCUCUUCUUUUGCCAAGAGGUCCAGUAAAACAGUUGAGCAGAAGAGGCCAGUUGAAAUUCGUGAUGCAGAUUCCAUUAAUGACUUGAGAAAUGACGUAGUGCCCUUAUCCGAUGAAGCAUGGGAACUAGAAGCACUCUCUAUGUGUAUUUUGUAUGACAAGGAAGCUUGUGGAUCAACUGGUCUUCCAAAUGAACGUUCUAAGCAUCAAAAAAUAAUCAAUGCGACGGCAAGGCCCAUUGCUAGUUAUAGUGAACCUCUCAGGCUUCAAGUAGCGCAGUUAGAGGAAAACAUAAAUGAUUGUGGUUCAACGACUCAUAUUUCAAAAUCUAGAAAUGAUAUUUGUGUACUUGAAUUUGAUGGUGCUUCAAAAGGAAAUCCUGGAAAGGCUGGUGCUGGUGCUGUUUUACGAAUGGAUGGUGGAACUAUGAUUUGUCGUCUUCGUGAAGGUGUUGGUGUUGCCACAAACAAUUUUGCUGAGUACCGAGCUGUCAUACUUGGAAUGAAGUAUGCUCUUAGAAAAGGGGUUACAAGGAUUAAGGUUCAAGGUGAUUCCAUGCUAGUUUGCAUGCAGAUACAAAAUAAAUGGCAGACCAAGAACAAGAACAUCCUUGAUCUGAGCAAUGAGGCUAAGAAGUUGAAGGACAAGUUUCUCUCUUUCCAAAUCAAUCAUAUACCAAGAGAACUCAAUUCUGAAGCUGAUCGUCAGGCAAAUUUAGCCAUUGUUCUGGCAGAUGGUGAAGUUGAAGAGGAAUAUGAGAACAAGCUACUAACAUGAUAACGAUUUGCAGCUUAAGUUUACCGGCUUGUAUGCAUGCAGAAAAUGGUUCUGCUAACCAGACAUAGCCUUCUUAUCAAGUUUUGUUCAUGAUUCUAUCUUUUGUAAGAUACGUGUAUAUAUUAAUGUUGACUUAGGCAAAACUUUGCUGUUUUAAGCAGGCAAUUCUUUCUGUUACUAAUUAUUGGCUUACCCCGA